AUGGCUGUCCACCCACAUAGGAUUACAUUGGUGGUAAUCUGGUCCACUUCAAGGCAGACACUAAUCUCGAACACCACGCAGACGGCACAAACAACGACAUUAUCAGCUUCAUGUCUCCCGCCCUCGUCGAAACCAUCCGUCUCGAUGCUAAUAUUCGUGUCUUUUGGCGGUCAAUUUCCUGACGAUAUCCGUAACGCGGAUAUGAAUCGGGACAAUGAGAGCCGUUUCCGCACGGACAAUGGUGUUCAGCGAGAUGGCAAAAUUAUACCGCACUUCCCUGACAGCAAUUAUGGGGAGGCCAUCUUGCUUGGAUCUGCAGUCCAAAAGGUUCACAUCUCGGACGAUGAUGGCGAGCCCAUGGGCAACGUGAGCUUGGCUGAUCUUCUGGAGCCUGAAAAUCCAUACUGGACGCAAAGCCUCGUCUUGACGGCAUUGCGAUUAUCCGUGCGACACUCAGCCAUUCUGUCGGACCGGAUAUGGGUGUCUCUGGCCAACAAGAUGCCAUUAUGGUAA